AUGGCUGAUGAUCAACGAGCAAAAAUCAUAUCUCUUAACAGAGAAAGAGGUAGUAUAAAAUCCUCUUUAACAAAGCUGAGCUCUUUUAUCGAAACGAAUGAUUCAAAGAACUCAAUAGUGUAUCAAACUAAACUGGAUAAUCUUCUCAGGAUUAAACAAAACCUAGAACAGAUUAAAGAAGAGUACUUCGUCACAGCCGAGGAUUCCGAAUUACAAGAAUUGGAAGAUUCGGUAGAAGAAUUAGAAGAAGAGUGCGAAAGACUAGAGGAAUAUGCAGCUCUUGGUCACAUGGAAAGAGUAAUGGAAGAUGGAUUACCAGAAACUAAUUAUUUUUUACCUCAUCAUGGAGUGUACCGGGAAGGAUCUACAAGCACCCCUCUAAGAGUAGUCUUCAAUGCUAGCUCCCCUAGCUCUAAUGGAGUUUCAUUAAAUGAUUUAUUGUGUAAAGGUGAUAUUGUUGAGGACAUUUUUGAAUUAAUAUUAAGGUUCAGGACACACAAGUUUGCCUUUACAUUUGACAUUCAAAAGAUGUUUCGUCAGAUUUUAGUUGUGCCACAUCAAAGAGACUAUUUACGAAUUUUAUGGUUUGAUAAAAACUCUCAUCAAGAAGUAACAUUUAGAUUAAACACUGUGACAUAUGGCACUUCAUGUGCACCUCAUCUUGCCAUACACACCAUUAAACAAUUAGCUUUAGAUGAAGCGUCGGACUUUCCGUUAGCAUCGGAAAUGGUUUUACGCGACCUUUACAUGGAUGAUGGGAUUGCAGGCGCCCCGGAUAUCCAAACUGCUCAAAUUCUACAACAACAGCUGAUAAAAAUGUUCGAAAGAGCAGGAAUGUCCUUACAUAAGUGGACUUCAACCUCACAAGAACUUUUAAAUAGUUUUCCAACUUCUAAUCCUGAAAACAAUUUUCCCAUAGAUGAGCAGGUCUCAAAGGCUCUUGGCAUGCAUUGGAAGCCUUUCGAGGAUUUAUUCAUAUUCACAGUCAAGUAUGAAAAUAAAUCUAUGCUCACGAAACGAACAGUUCUCUCAGUCGUUGCCAGACUCUACGACCCCUUGGGUCUGCUGGGACCAGUUAUCUCUAAAAUAAAGAUUUUUCUCCAAAAAUUGUGGUUGCAAAAACUUACAUUUGACGACCCCCUUCCUCCAGCCAUUGGUAAAGAGUGGAGUCAUGUAGUUCAAUCCCUUAGGGCUCUUGAGCUAGUAAAAAUUCCGAGAUGGAUUUUAAAUGAAAAUCCUGUAAAAUUAAUUCUUCAUUGUUUCUCAGACGCCAGUGAAGCCGCAUAUGGAGCAGUUAUUUAUCUACAGUGCAUCAGUGCCAAUGAUAUAGUCACAUCUAGACUUGUAUGCAGCAAAUCUCGAGUCUCCCCAUUAAAGACUGUCUCCAUUCCCAGAUUGGAACUUUGUGGAUGUCUUCUCGCCGCUCAACUACAGGCCAAGGUUGAAAAAGCUCUACAUCUACAAAUUGAUAGCGCAGUGAUGUACACAGAUUCUACUAUUUCCCUAGCCUGGAUUCAAACACCACCACAUCGUCUCAAGACAUUUGUUGCAAAUAGAGUGGGAAAAAUACAACUGACGCAGAACAACAAAUGGCAGCAUGUUUCCUCCACUUUAAACCCCGCAGAUGUGAUAUCAAGAGAACUAGUUCCAGAACAACUGAUUGACAACUAUUUAUGGUGGAAUGGACCAACUUUCCUUCAAGAACUACAUGUUUCUGUGAACUGUGCUGACCAACAAAUGAUUGAUGCAUCUCAGGAUUAUCAAUUUUUAUUGGAACUCAAGGACAAUACCACUCACACCUUAGUGACUUUAAAUUCAGAUUUCCUUACUAACUUUUUCAAAAUUAGUAAUAAGUAUAACAAAUUAAUACGUGUUUUCAGUUUUCUCCUCAGAUUUCUAGGAAACUGCAGAAACAAGAAGAUGAAGGGUUCACUCUCCUCAAAGGAAAUCGAGGAAGCAGAAUUUAAAUUAAUUUCCCUUGUACAACAAAAUGUUCUUGCUGAUGACUUCAAAAACUUAGCAAGUGGUAAACAGGUAAACCCUUCUAGCAAAUUAAAAGGUUUAUCACCUUUUUUAGAUGAAGGUUCUAAUGCAAUUAGAGUAGGAGGCAGACUUAGAAAUGCCGACAUACCAUUUCAGCAAAAGUCAAAAUGGUACUUUCAAAAGGACAACAUUAGUGUCGGUACCAUGGUAGUAGUCAAAGACGACAAUGUCCCUCUUAAUUCUUGGUUGUUAGGACGUGUUGUCAAGGUUUUUUAUGGUAAAGAUAAUAUUAUUCGAGUGUGCCUUGUUAAAACAGCCAAAGGGACUUAUAAACGUCCAAUUACGAAAUUAGCCAUAUUGCCAAUUGAAACCUAA